CAUUUUCUCUAUGGUCAAUCUUAUUCGUGAAAGAUUGUUGUGCAUUGUUUGGAACUGUGCUAAAAGGAUUAUUAAAUUGAAAAUACGUGGCUUUAUAUUAUAUUCCAGAAGUUGUACCAUACAAAUCUAUUCAUCAUGGCGAAAAUGGCUUUUCAGCACCAGGCGGGAACGGCGAUGGAGUGCCUUAGUAUACCAAUAACCCUCCAAAAAGAGGCAGGGGUUGAUGCAGAAGGUCGAGAAGUUAUGAAAUGUGGAUUUAAAAUCGGCGGUGGUAUUGACCAAGAUUUUCGUAAAAGCCCCCAGGGAUAUACUGAUAACGGUAUUUAUGUGACUGAAGUCCAUGAGGGAAGUCCUGCUGCUAAGUCUGGGUUGAGAAUGCAUGACAAAAUUCUACAAUGCAAUGGAUAUGACUUCACCAUGGUAACACACAAAAAAGCAGUUAGUUAUAUUAAAAAACACCCAGUCCUUAACUUAUUAGUAGCAAGAAAAGGUGUUACCUCUACAUAACAAUAUUAAAACAGGAAUUAUAAACUUUAGGUUCAGAGCUGAUGGGACAAUUAUAUGGUGGAUUUACAAUUCAAGGCAAAUAGCUAUACUAUCAGUAUUUAUAAGCUUACUUUUUAUGAAAUCUUUCAUGUAUGACAGAAUUAAAUAUAAUAUAAUUAAGCAGCAAAUUGAUAUUGUUAUAAUAUGGGAUUUAUUUGCCUUUCUUAGUAAAUCCCCCAUUUAUAAGUAUUAUACAAGUGAUUUUAUAUUGUUAUUUAUUUUUUUAACUUUAGGAAUUUAAUUUGUAUGUUAAAAUAGUUUAAAUAUAAAACACCAUACUUUUAACAAAUUCACAAUAUAGAACAUAAGUUUAUACAAUUAUUGCUGAUAAAGACGGUGUGUAACACAAACUUUGUAUUGUAGUUUUGUUGUACAAAUGAGUUACCAUUAUCAUUUUGUAACAUGCAAAACUCUUUUACAAAUCAUUGCUUGUAUUUGCAAUAUCUAAAACAUGUUAUCAGUGAUAAAAUGUUACAUUGUGAGAUGAAAUUUAUAAAUUGGUUACUCAUAUAUUUAUGAUGUGUUAAGUGAUUAGUGAAUAAUUUACAACCAGAUACAAUGUGCCAAAUAGUGUUGACAUUCAAUUGCUUAAUGGAGACAUUAUUUUAUACUUACUAUAUUUUACUCCCAAGAAUUGAGAUACAAUACAAUAACCAUUAUUUCAAAUCAAUACUCACUUUCAAUAUUAUUAGAUUUAGUAAAAACUGAUGUAAGAUAAUGAAAGUACAUAAAAAUAAUAUAUCCAUUUUGGUCUGCUAUAUACUUAUCAAUGUUAAUCUAUGAACAUACCACAUAUAAUAUACACAUUCCAACACAGUAAAUAUAUGCUAAUACUCAUGGACCUUCCAUGCUAAUACUGAAUCUAUUUCCACUCUAAAAACGUAGUAACCAUAAUAGUAAUAGAUUUUGUACUUACUGCAGAUAUGAGCCAAA